UUACUUGUAUUUUCCUGUUCCCUGGAUCACCCAUUUUAUGUGAACCAAACAACUCACAGAGGGUUUUUGGGUUCUUCGCCUUCUACCUUUCCCCAAUUCAGGAACCCCAAAACCCUAGAUCGAACGCUGCCACCACCGCUUGGUGGUGGAAAAAAAUCCGUUCUCUGUUUCCGAAGUUUGAAUAUUCUCAUUUUUUUUUUCUCGCUGUGACUUCGAUUGCAGUUUCUAGGGUUUAUUUGUUUCUGAUUUGGGGUUUGGUGAUGGGGAGCAGAAAGGAAGAAGAGAAGAAUGAGAAAAUUAUCAGAGGUCUAAUGAAGCUUCCGCCGAAUCGAAGAUGUAUCAACUGCAACAGCUUGGGACCACAAUAUGUAUGUACAAGUUUUUGGACUUUCAUUUGCAUGACAUGCAGUGGAAUACAUCGUGAGUUUACUCAUCGUGUGAAGUCUGUCUCAAUGGCAAAGUUCACUUCGCAAGAAGUCGAUGCCCUUCAAAUUGGGGGUAACCAGCGUGCAAGGGAAAUAUACUUGAAAAAUUGGGACUUCCAAAGGCAGCGGUUGCCAGAUAACAGCAAUGUUGAUAAAAUAAGGGAAUUUAUAAAGAGUGUAUAUGUGGAUGGAAGAUAUGCUGCAGUGAAGUCUUCAGAAAAGCCCCCAAGAGAUGCACAGAGCCCUGGAAUUCAUGAAGAUGAGGUUAGGCGUGCCAGUUCUUAUCAUUCAUAUUCUCAAAGUCCUCCAUAUGAUUAUCAGUAUGAGGAUCGGAAGUAUGGAAAACAAGCAGCUGCACUCACCAGGAAGCCUGGUUCAGAUAAAGCUCGAUACGAAGGGAAAAUAUCUAGUAUUAUCUACAGUCCUGGCCGCUUCAGUGAUCAUGCAUAUGAUGACAGAUUUGCAAAUGAAGGAUCUGGUCCAAGAAUUUCUGACUUUUCUGUUUUUAGUGGUGGUGAACAAUUCAAAUCUGAUGUGCAGUCUCCCAAUUCCUAUAAAGAUAUUAAGAUUAGCAGUCCAUCCUAUCAAAGGCGCUCUGGUUCCAGUUCGAGUGAAGAUGUGUGGUACCAAGCAAGAAAUGCAUCUCUGGAAACUAAUGUCAAUGCCAAGAGAGAUGGAAAUGGAUUUCGUCCUCCACAGAUAACUACAUCAGAACAAUCAGGAGACAACAAAAUUUCAUCCUUGAGAUCUUAUAAUUCUGGCAGUUUAGUUGAUUUUUUCUCUGAACCAGUUCAACCUUCAGAACCACUUCAGAAUAAAGCAUUUGGCAUCCCACGACCACCUGGUCCUACAAGAUCUGUUAGCAUGGACCUCUCCAAGGCACCAUUUGAAUCAGCAGUGGCGGCAUCUCAAGCUCCAACAGUGGAUCUGUUUCAAUCAUCCUUUUCAUCUGCAGUUCCAUUUUUCAAUGACAAUCAACUUCCUCAAGCAUCCCAACCUGCAUCCAUUGAAUUUUUUGCGGAUCUCUCUGAGAAGCCUUCCACUGUAAACUCAAAUGAAAAGGCACUGGAUUUAUCUGUCCCUAAAAAUGAAGGAUGGGCAACUUUUGAUAUGCCUCAGAGCACCUCAUCCACUGCACAAAUGGAAAUUCCAGCUACUGUACCCUUAAGUGCUAAAUCUUUACGAGAAAGAUUUGAUCCGUUUUCCACUUCAAAUGCAAACACACAAUGGCCAUCUUUUGAAUUUUCAAGUGGCAGUAUACAUUCUUCACUUACAUCUAAUUUAUGGGAUGCUGGUGUGUGGAGUAGUGAAGAACAAGUUUCCGCUAUAUCAGCAAACACUCAACCAUGGAAUGCAUUUGAAGAUUCUGGUGGCCAUCAUCCUGUGGAUGCCCUAAGUCAAGGAUUACAAUUGCACAAUUUUCCCUCAGCUGAUAAUCAAAUUUUGGGAUUAAGAGAGUCUGAGGGGUCCAAAAGUGAUGGCGUUAAAGGCAUUGUCCCUGUUGAUGCAUUUGAAAAUCAUGACAUCCCAUCGCACGUCAAUGAUUCAGAAUAUCCACCAUCCAUGCUUCCUUCAAUGGGAGACAUUGAACCUAUUGGAACGAAAUGUAAAUCAACUAAUCCAUUUGAUUUUCCUCAUGAAUCUGAUGUAGCUCACAACAAUAUGUUUCUUGAUAUGAGCUCUUUGCAAGAUGCACUGCCAGAUGCCCUGUUUCCAACCUCCUUCCAUAGUGGUAUAGCUGAAUCUUGGCUUCCCCAAAACACGGUGACCCCUUUUAUUUCCUCUUCUGGAGAAGGUGGUUUGUCAUUCAUGGCUGUGCAAUCACCAGGUUCUCAAAUACAGAACAUCCAGACACCAGAACCAGUUGCUUCGUUUGGGGGAAAUCCUUUUGCAUAGGAUUACGCCGUUGCUUUCAUAUAGAAAUUUAUUGGUAGCCAGUAGUUGGGCGUGGAAUUAUUCAAUGCUUUGUGGGAGCAAAAGUGGAGUAGUGCCUUUCAAUUUUAGUCCCAGGUAUUAUUCGGCCCUGAUACAGCAUUUGCAGUACUGGAAUUGAUUGACAUUAGAUUUCUUGACGUUUAUUUGUGAUCUGGCUGGGAUUGAACUUCACCAAUUUAGCGACGAUUGAGGGUAUUCCACCUUUGUUCAUAAUUAUAAUAUAAUUGUAAGUAUAUGAGAGCUUCAGAUGGACAACACCCAGCCAAUAUAUGUUUAAUGUGGGGUUACUUUUGUUUUUUUUUUUUCUUGGUUUAAUUAUCUAUUUUAUUUAUAGAUGAUAGAUGAUCUAUCAUUUUUAAAAUUAUAAUCACUUUCCCAUUAA